AUGCCUAUUAGCUAUGCACAAGCCCAAGCUGCUGCCGUUGAGAGUCAGCGACGAAGUAUUGCAAUAACUGGCCGUACGACCCCAAUUACGAUCGAUUUCGUUGCUGCAUUUUGGAUCUGUGAUGGAUACCUAAAAGCAAUAAACGAAUCAUAUAAAAUCCCGAUUUACGCAGGGAAGGCCUACUGUGUUGCAAGACAUACGGCCAAAUUCAAGGCCGUAUUAGCAUCUACAUUUCCAUCGCACAAGGCAAUGAUUGAAUUCAUUGUAGGGACCUGCAAGAAGGAGCUUCUUUCAAUGGAUUGGAAGGUUGUAUCAUCAUUUUCCAAUUCAGGGCCUACAAUUGGCCCGUUUGAGUUCAAUGAUAGUGUAUACGAAGCAGUAUCACUAAGCUCAUUCUUUGAAGCAGCAAAUAUUGCAAUUCCUAAAAGGCCCAAUAGUCCUAUUAGCUUUACGUUCUUUAACUUUAACGUAUUGCCUAUGUCAGACUUCCCAAUUGAUUCAACUAAGCCUGUACGUAAACGUGCAAAAAGGCAAGCAGAGCCUAUUGCUGACUUAGAGCCUUGUGCUCCAAGUAAACGUAAGGUGGCUUCUAAGAUCAAGAAUGAACCCGUAUCUUCUGUUAAAAGAGAAUACGGUAUCAAAGAGGAGGUUAAAACGGAGGAUAAUAAUACUGCCGAUGCUGUAUCAUUCACUUGGGAAGAUAACGGCAAUGAAAGUGAUACUUCGGCAAUAUUAGCAACCUAUCAAGAAGAUAUCAUUGCAGUUGAGCAGCCAAUUGAGGAGGAAGGGCCAGAUGAGCAGCCAAUUGAGGAAGAAGGGCCAGAUGAACAGCCAAUUGAGGAGAAUCGGCCAAUUAAGAAGAAAGGGAUUGAACGGAAAGUGCUCCCUACGCGGGCAAAGCGAGGAAGGAAUCCUCGUAAUAGUUAA